AUGGACUGCGCUCUCGCAAAUAUGGAUAUCAACACAAGAUUCCCCCAUCACCAAUAUGCCGUUUCCACAAAUAACAUUCCCACAUACGCGAACAGGAACACCCCCUCGUACUACGUAACAGAUGAAUAUCCCACAGACCAAGGAAAUGAUAUAGCUUACCCUCGCUAUUCGCCAACAUUUCAGCCCUGGAGGAGGCAACAAGCGCACAGUUCUCUCUCAUUCAUCCCUUCGACGUCUCCUCUCCCGGAGCAAAGUGAGUACACGGCGCAACACAAACGACCAACAGAGCGCCUAUCUGCCACCCCUGCCUCGCCGUUUCGGUCCGUGCGCAGGAUGAAGCAACCUUUCCAGCUGCGCUUACCAUCAUCUCCAUCGGUGGAGAGCGUUCAGUCUGCUGCUAGAGAGUCCAGGCUAUCGCGAACUCCAUCCGGAAACCAAACGUUGCGGACUUGUCGAUCAGAUCAGAACAUCACAACGACAAACAUGGCAGCAUUUGGACUCCUUCCAAGUCCCCCUCUAUCAGACUCGAGGGAGUCCCAACCGUCGCCAUCUUCUGCAUAUUUUUCCCCUAAACCGGACUCAGACCUGGACACUGACCAUGGCACUCCGAAGAGUAGCGUUUAUACACCAACGACGAUCUCGAGUGAGGUCUAUAGCACCCACAGAAACGAGGUGACUCUGAAAAGAGCAGGGGACACGACGAAUGUGCACAUGGCACAUUCCAAUCUGAUGAAACAAUAUAGCUCCAACGAUGGAAAAUGGUCUCCGGUAUCUACUGAUUCUCCACGCAUGUCUUCACCAGCUCUCUCUUCGGAUGUAGAUGCUUUCGAGAAGAGAACAUUAUCCGGAUCUUCCAUAGAAACACAGCGGAGCAGGUCAGGAACAGUGUCGAGUGAAGGAAGCUGGGUCCCAAGUAACUUUUCAUACUGUGAGGACUGGCUCCAAAGGGCACCCCUGGAGUUAGAGACUACGGGAGAAAAAUCAAAGGAAAACAACAGAAGAAGAAUACAGAUAGUCCAACAGAGCCCGCCGCCACCUGAACGUAAACGCGAGAUGAAGGCUCCUGCGGACGAACCAGUGAUGUUUGCGGUGGCUAGCAAAACCAAGCCAAAGCUCGUUGAUAUAUCACGACAAUCGUCUCCCGCCAUGAGCUGCUCCAUCCCAACCCCACCUCAGCCCCCAGUGCCUUCAACACCAGAUCUGGGCCAGCAAGAAAUAUCUGCAUUCAGCCCUGACACACCAUUGGAAAUGUCAGAUAGCGGGUAUGCUACUACUGAUCCAUCUUGCGAUUCCCCAAGCAAACCUAAGCCGGAUAAGGAGGAUGACUUCAUACACGUAAGCUCGGUAGGGAACAUCAGUGAAACCGCUAUCCGCGAUAAGCCAAUGCGCAGUGUCGCGUCCCCGAACCCACCUCCAAGGCCAGAUGUAAUAUACAAAGCUUACUCGCCACCGAAACCUCGUCGUUCUGUGCCCUCAUCCAACACUGCUGAAAAUGGCGAGUUGAAGAAGUGGUGGGAUCAUGAGUGGGCAAUGGAUCAGUUGGAACAUUCGAUCAAGGAGUUCCCACGGUGCAUGCUAAGGUUGACAUCCCCGGUCAUCAUACUCGUUCGUCAUAGCGACGAAAAGGAUAUCCUGCGCAGGUUUCGCCAAAUCUUUCCAGAUGCCGCAGAUAAUUUAUUGGAUGGUCUCUGUGCAGCUCUAAUAGCGCGGAACUACGUGCUCUCAUUAGCAACAUCUAAACGAAAGACCGCAAGUCAUGGCCAUCGCCCCAAUCUGUCUCGCCUUGACACUGUCCCCGAGAGAGCGAGCGCGAUGUUACCUACGCCACUUGCCCCGUCAUCGCCAUCGCAAAUUAGAGAUCGAGUCUUGGGGUCGCGGAGUGGAGAGCUCAACAAAAACUUAGACCGAAUAAUUGACGAUCUGCUCUUUGCUAUCUGUCGCAAGCACGACGGAACGUUAAAGUCCGCUGUGCUCGUCUUAGCUCAGGUCCUGGAGACCAAAGCCUAG